AUCAUCAUCUUCCCAACUUUAACCUAUAGAAGCAAACCAAAACUAGUAGUGUUAAACGCACUAUUGUUGCAGCUCUUGUAACCCCAACUUCUUCUCUACAGUACCAACACUUACUCAACUCCAUAUCAUCAUAUCAUGGCUCCCGGAGCUCCCAUUGAUACCUUCACCACCAACACAGCAAAGCUCUCGGCGCCAAACUCCGGUUACUCCAAGUGUGCCUAUGUCACCUUCCUUGCCGGAAAUGGUGAUUAUUGGAAAGGUGCUGUAGGUUUAGCCAAAGGGCUUAGGAAAGUCAAGAGUGCUCAUCCUUUGAUUGUCGCCGUAUUACCCGACGUGCCAGAGGAUCACCGGAACAUUCUCCGAGCUCAGGGAUGCCUUAUCCGAGAGAUCAUCCCCGUCUACCCACCAGAGAACCACAUAAAAUUUGCCAUGGCUCACUUUGUCAUCAACUACUCCAAACUUCGUAUUUGGAACUUUGAAGAGUACAGCAGAAUGAUAUACUUGGAUGCAGAUAUACAAGUGUAUGAAAACAUUGAUCAUUUGUUUGAGUUGCCAAAAGAGUACUUGUAUGCAGUGAUGGAUUGUUACUGUGAGAAGGUGUGGAGCCAUUCAUUGCAAUACUCCAUUGGUUACUGUCAACAAUGCCCGGAUAGAGUUAAGUGGCCAGUUGAGUUGGGUAACCCUCCCUCUCUGUAUUUCAACGCUGGCAUGUUUGUCUUUGAGCCGAGCAAACUUGUUUGUGAUAAGCUUCUUGAGACUCUUCAACACACUCCUCCCACUCCCUUUGCUGAGCAGGAUUUCUUGAACAUGUUCUUUGAGAAAAGCUACAAGCCAAUCCCAGUUGUUUACAACUUGGUCCUGGCCAUGCUAUGGCGUCAUCCUGAAAACGUUGAGCUUGAAAAGGUCAAGGUUGUCCAUUAUUGUGCUGCUGGAUCAAAGCCAUGGAGGUACACUGGACAAGAAACUAACAUGGAUAGAGAGGAUAUCAAGAAACUAGUGGCAAAAUGGUGGGAAAUUUACAAUGAUGAGUCCUUGGACUUCAUUAAGGCAGAGGACAAGGUUGAGAUUGAGGUUGAGGAGGAGGGGUUCUCAAAGACUUCAAUCAUGGCAGCCAUGCAGGAACCAACCAUGGCUUACAUCCCUACACCUUCUGCAGCUUAAUUAGCUAGUGCUUGUAUACAUAAAUUACAAAUAGCAAGAGACCAGAAUAUUAUCAAACAUUUGAGACAAGGGUAUAGAUUAAUCAAGCAGAUAUGAAUGUAUGUCAUGCAUGUAUAACAAAAUGAAUUUUAGAUAAUUAAAGCAUGCAUCAUAUAUAUCUUCAUGCAUGUUAAUGUUAGUUAUGAAAUCACUUAUUAAUCUUA